AUGGCAGCUGAGCUUGUCAGUUCUGCAACAAGUGACAAAUUGGCUGAAAUGGAUUGGAUGAAAAACAUUGAAAUUUGUGAAUUCGUUGCUCGUGAUCAUAGGCAAGCUAGAGAUGUCAUUAAAGCUAUAAAAAAACGCCUGGGAAGUAAAAGCGUAAAUACUCAGCUAUUUGCUGUUAUGUUGUUGGAGUUGUUGAUGAAUAAUAUUGGCGAACCCAUUCAUAAGCAGGUGAUUGAUGUAGGGCUCCUCCCCAUACUUGUCAAGAUAGUGAAGAAAAAGUCAGACCUGCCUGUACGAGAGAAGAUAUUUCUUCUUCUAGAUGCCACACAGACAUCUCUUGGUGGAGCUUCUGGGAGUUUCCCUCAGUAUUACUCUGCAUACUAUGAUCUGGUGGUAGGUACAGCUUCAACUGUGUUUUAUUGA